UCGAACCUCCGAUCUCUGACAUUUACCACUAGGUACACCAAUCGUUUUCGUUGAACCUAAACUUAUUGCUGAAUUAACGAUAAUUUCCCUUUAAAUUUGGAGGUUCGCACCAAGAGCUUCAUUCUGUAUUUCGAAGUGCUCCUGCAUUAGAAUCGGCUCCAGUAAAGUCAUUUCUUCGAGGAAUCAUCAUCAUCAGUGACGUAAAUAAAAUUGUGAGUGUUCAACAUGUCUGAUUCAGAGUUAGAAUUUUUCGAGCCUGAACGCAAACCAAAGACGAAGCGAAAGUCUGCGAGUAGAUCCAAAGAGUCUAUCAGAGCUGGUUCUUCUAAGAAACCCAGACACACAGGGAAGCUCCAAGAGACGUUGGAUAUACUGGGCUUGCUGUCGGAAGACGAAGAAAGUGUGGCUGCUGAGAACGCGCGACGCUCGCCAGCUCGCAAUAAGCAGCUUGACAGCAGCAUCAGCAACCGCGUUGCUAACGGCUGUGUGGUGCGCCGCACGCUCCUCGACGGACCGUACUACGUGGAGACGCGUGUGUACACCACCGAGGACGCGCUGACGACGUCGCCUGAGCUGCGCUACACCAAGGCUCUCGUGACGCUGAAGGCGCAGCUCGACCGAGACCAGCCGGAGUGGGCUUGUCUGCAGAAGUUCUUGCAGAAGACCAAGUCCUCCUUGUUCGCUGAUAGCAAGCCCAUAUUUUAUAGUAAUAAAAAGUAAUGUGUUCGGUUUAGUGUUAUGUUUUAUUUAGUUAUAGUAUUUUUAUGUAUCG